UCUCUCUGCUCUUCUUCUAUUCAGUUUUCCUCCCUAUUCCUCAUUUUCCAUUUCUCUGCUCUUUUUUCUUCUUUUCUCUGCCUUUAUUCUACCUAUCUUCCUCCCAUCACUCUUUCCUGUCUCCUUUUGCUCCCUCUCGCUGCUAUUCUCUUUAUCCCUUCGUUUCUUUUCCUCUUCUUCCUUCCUCGUUCUCUCCUCUUCUCUGCUUCCUCAUUACCCUAAUUCCCAUCCCCAUUUCCAUCCCCACUUUUCCUCCAUUCCCAGCCUCCUUUCCGUCACCCAUGAACACGAGCUUAAUACAAGCUUCUUCCUCCCCCAGGCAAAACUCCCAUGGACUUAGCAGCGCGUCAUCCGGCUGCGAAGCAAGUCCUGCUGGCGUACAGGGACGAUCCCGAGAAGCAGAGGAAGGAGAUGAAGAAGAGGUACGACUCGAAGGUGGCGGAGGCAGCCACCCUGCAGAAGGAAAAUGGAGAGUUGAAGAAGGAGCUUCAGGAGAAGGAAAAGGAAAUCAAAUUAAUGCAGGAGCAGGUGAAGCAAGCGCAAUUGCAUCAGCAAAGGUGUGAGACUGAGGCGAGGGAGCAUGAGGCCGAGAAGGAAGGUCUCAACCAGCAAAUUGCAGAGCUUCAGGAACGCAGUGCAAGUUUACAGUCUCGUCUGGAAGAAGAAUGGAGCAAGAAUCGAGAGCUGACGAGGCAGAUCAGAGAGAAGGAGAGCGAGCUCACACGAGCCGAGGCAGAGCACAAUGAGAGGUUGAAAAGUCUCCAAAGAGGGGAGAAGAGGAAAGAGGAAGAGGCAGACGAAGAGAGAGACGAGCUUGAGAGCGAGCUCAGGAGACGAGACAAAAGGAUCAAGGCCCUCAAGAAAAAGCUCAGAGAUCAAGAAGAGGGAAAAGAAAUGGACUCGCAACCCGAAGAGGAAGACAGCGAGCUAAAGCGAAUGAAGAGGCAGUUAAGAGAGCAAGAACAGAAAAUGAAAUACGUUCUUUCUGCGGUGGAAGACCUUCAUUUGAGAGGAAUGGAGCCGCCACGUGAGCCUGAGCCGACGGCCACCUGCCAGCCCUCGGCCUCAGGCAGGAGGAGGAGGCCCCGGGAAGCUGCUGGCAGCGACGAGACUCCGCCAGCAGCUGCCACGGACAGGAUAAGGGGAGCGGCAGGCGGGAGAGACAAGCCUCGGCAAGCAGCUGGCAGCCGAGGCAAGGCUAGGAGAGCACCAGAGAGCGACGAGCCUGUGCAAGCCGCAGGCAGGGCUGAGCGUCCGGAAGCAGCAGGCAGGAGGGAAGGGGCAGGGCGAAAGGCCAAGUCUAAGGGGGCAGCUGACAGGGACGAGUCGCCACAAGACGAGAGGGACGAGUCGCCACAAGACGAGAGGGACGAGUCGCCACAAGACGAGAGGGACGAGUCGCCACAAGACGAGAGGGACGAGUCGCCACAAGACGAGAGGGACGAGUCGCCACAAGACGAGAGGGACGAGUCGCCACAAGAAGACGACAGCGAAGAGUCAGAGUGAUUUCAUCCAGCUUCG